ACAGUUUAAAAAAAAUCUAAAAAUGUGAAAAAAUAAAAAAAAAUCAUGAUAAACCUAUAUGCAUUGAUUUAUUUUAGAUUUAAUAAUAAUAUUUUUUAUAAUUAAAAAUGCUGAUGGGGAGAAAGUGGGAGAAAGAAAGCUGGAGAAUGGGAUGAAGUGACUGAAGUUGAAAACAGUACAAAGGUUUCUUGUGACUAUUGUCAUGCUUUGAUUAGCAACAAGAUAGAACGAGUAAAACCCCAUUUAAAACAUUGCCAAAAAAAGUUUUUACACAAGCAUACGGAAAGAGAAAAUCUCAAUUUGUCAAAAUAUUUAAAUAAAAAUUGUGAUGAUGUACCAAAUAAUGAUUUAAAUAUUAAUGCAUCUGCUCUAAUAGAUGGACCAUCAUCUCCAAUAGCUGGACCAUCAGCUCAAGUUGGAAAAAGUUCUUUGGCAUCUGUAAGUUCUAUAAGUUCGUUAACACCUUGUAAGAAGCAGCGGUUGAUGUCAUCGUACACAAUAUCAACUAAUAUGGAACAGAAAGAAAAUAUUGAUAUAAAAAUAGAAAAAUUUUUCUUCAGUGCAAAUGUAUCAUUUAAAACUUCUGAAAAUCAAGAAUUUAUAGACAUGAUCAGUUCAUUCAUCCAGGAUACAAACCACCUAACCGUAAAAUGCUAGGAGGAGAGCUCUUAGAAAAAGUUUAUGAGGAAGUAAACAAAAAAAUGAUGGAUCAACUUACCCAAGAAGAGAAAACAAUAACAAUUAUGCAAGACGGAUGGAGUAGUGUUACUUAUGAUCCCAUUAUUGAUCACAGUGCAUAUGACGGACUUAAUUCUAAAAUUUUAUGCAUUACUGAUUGUGCAUCAAAUAAAAAAACAGCCAAGUAUUGUACCGAACUCUUUUGUAAUGUCAUUAAAGAUCUUAAAGAAACAUACAAUAAAGAAGUAUUUGCUGUGGUAACAGAUAAUGAAAAUAAGAUGAAAAAAAUGAGGGAUUCAAUCAAAGAAACGUAUCCAAAUCUUUUAACAUAUGGGUGUUCUGCACAUUAUUUAAACCUUUUAGAAAAAGAAGUAACACACCCAGAUGUCAUCAAACAUGUGGUUGAAGUGCAGAAAUAUUUUCGUAAUACACAUCAACCGCAUGGAUGGUUGCGUGAGAAAGGAGGGCAUUUGCCUCAGUUACCAAACGAUACUCGAUGAAACUCCCAAAUUGACUGUAUAGAAACAUACAUAAAAAACUACCAAAUUUAUGUAGAAAUAGUAGAUAAUCAUGAUAUACCUAUCAAAAUCAGAAAAAUUAUUGAAAAUCGAGCAAUAUUUAGAGAAGCUAACAGUCUUCAAAUCCAACUCAAAAUAUUUGGUGUUGUUUUCGAUCAAAUGCAAAGUGACAGCUGUCACCUAUCCGAAUGUGUUGAGUUGUGGCUCUCACUUUUGAAUAACCCUGAACUAAGUCAUUACCACACAGCUAUCAAAAAGAGAUGUAAUGAUGCUAUGACAUCUAUCCAUUAUCUUGCGACCAAUCCUCGCUUUUUGGGUAAAAAUAAGUUUUGCUUAAAAAAAAAAUUGUUUUGAAAAAUUUCUGAAUUUUUUUUUUAUAGGCAAAAACCUGCCGAUUGAAAAUGAAGAUGAGGCUGAAGAAUGGCUUUACAAUCAUUAUCCUGAUUUUGUACCUGGGUUGAUUUUGCUUAAAUUAAAGGAUUGUGAUGCAUUUUCUAAAAGGAUGUUGAGUAAUCAAAUUAUAUCAACAAUAUUGUGCAGUGAUUGGUGGUCUAUCAUUAACCAGAGAAAUGAAAAAUCAAUUCAGAAAAAAUUGCCUGAAGGAUUUUGCAAAUUUAUUUCUAAACUUCAAACGUGCCCUGCUAGCUCAGGAUUAAUAGAAAGAAUAUUUUCUUCAUUUGGUUUUAUUUGGUCAAAAGUUAGAAAUAAAUUAGGAUGUGAAAAGGCUAAAAAGCUUGUGCAAAUAUAUAAACAGUAUCAAAAAUAGUUUAUAGUUAAUGUUUUUACAUUAGAGUUUAUGCUUUUACAAUAUAAAGUGAAUAUUACAUUAAAGUAAAGUUGUACUUGCAAGAAGUAUACCAAAAAUGUAAAUAGUCUUGUCAAUGUGUAUCUAUUCUAAAAAAUCUUAUUGAAUGAAUCUAAUUUGUUUGGUUUCCAAAAUAAAAUUGUGUUAAAUAAAAAUGUUGUGUUUAAAUUGAAAAUUUCCCUUUAUAGCUAGCUCUAUAAUAUGUUUAUGUUUUCAGAAAUGUUGGUUAAUAAUAGCAUAUAUUAUUAAUAUAAUAGUUCAUAAGUUUUAAGAUAUAUUUCAAAAAAACCCAGAUUGCCUGGGUUUUAUUGGGUUUUUUUAGGCGGGUUUUAUUGGGUUUUAUUGGGCGGGUUUUAUUGGGCGGGUUUUUUAAUGCCAACCCUGCUCACAUUCCACUUUUAAAUUUAAGACCAGAUCUGCAAACUCAACAAUGUAUUUAAACACAUCUACAAAAUUUAUCUGCCACCUUCAUAAUGAUGCAAAUAAACCUGAAGCUAACUCUACUCUAUACGUUACCUGAAAUCAUUCAAUAGUAUUUUCCAAAAUAUUUUAUUAUUAGUUUUUUUGUAAACUCAAAUCAAUAUUUAUAUCAAGAAAAGAUUAUAGUUACAAAAAAAAGAAGAUGUUAUAUGACGCUUAAAAAAAGAAAUCACAAAAUAAAAAUAUUUUAAAAACUUUUAUAUAUCAUCUUGCAAGAUCAAUAUUUAUGUAGACAAUUUCUCAUAACAACAAUAACAAAAAAUAAUUACUGAAUUUUUUUAAAAAACUAAAAAAGAAAAAUUAUUACUAUAAUUUUUUUGUUUUUUAAAUUUUUAUUAUAAUAUACAAUAAAUUUUAUUUUAUAUUUG